AUGCUUGAUUCCAUCAAAGACAAAGCGCAGCAAGUCAAUGUUCCGGACAUUCAAUUCGAAUACGGCAAUGCCGGUGCACGACGCGGUGCUCUGUCCUGCCCACCUUUGAAAGACUGGGUACCAACCGACAUGAAUGUGGGGCAGGAAGUGAAGCAACAGAACUUUGAGACGGCAAAAAAGCUUUUGGAAAAAGCUCUGUCUACGCCAGAGGCUGAACAACCCUUCAGAGUUAUCAACCAUGAAUCGCGACCCAUACUGGUGAUCCGACGACUUGAGAAGAAUGGAGACCUGGUGCCGACGAUUGCGGUGGUUGUGAGAUCCGAUACUCCUCAACAGGCUGCUGAGUUCGUAGAGGUCUUCGAGUUGUCAUGGAAAACCACAAAGACAUUCCUGAAGAAGGAGAAGAGCGCCUGUUUCGCUAUUGAGUUCAUCGCUGUUGGCCGCGACCACCUUCUAGCCCAAGAAUCUUAUCCGUUUGCGUUGCGGAAUGACUGGGAAUUCACAAGCACGCAGAAACUCGCAGGAUAG